AUGUGCCAGAAGCUGCGGCGCGAGCGGUUCACCGCCAGUCCGUUCGACGAGGUGGCUCUGACCAUGGGAGAUCGGUCUCACCUCGAGGCUCUGGCGCAGACCUUCGUGUCCGACAACCUCCGGCAGUAUCUGACCCAUUCGGCCAUGGGUCUCGACAAGGCCAAGGAAGCUUUACGCGUCUACACGGAGCGCUCGCAGCGUGACAUGGCUCGACGACAGCGGAAGCACCUCGCUGCCAACGCCAGCCGCGCCUGCACUGACGACGAUAAGACCAAGUACACGGUGUCGGAACUGCCGGUCAUGUUCAGUGCCGGCAGGUUGCACAUGCGCAUCAAGUCUUCGUACGUGGACGACGUUGGUGGUGCGGCGGUGUUGGCCACAGUAGGGGAGCCUACCUUGGACGAUCCGUUCUGUUCACUGGUCAUCAAGUACAUGGAGAUGACCUUACCGUUGUCUACGUCAAGACUCGUCAAGAACCGAGACUUCGUCUACAUGGAGGCCACGGGCGUCGUACAGCUCGGCCACGGGGGUGACCGCAUCGGCUACCACCUCAUGCACUCGGUGCACUUCCCGCAGACGGUAGAUCGCCCCCACAAGGUGCGUGGUCGGCUCUCAAUCUGCAGCUUCUUCCGACAAACCAGCCCCAACAUCGUAGAGCACUACUCGUCCGGUACUAUCGACCCGGGAGGCGUUAUCCCGCGCUCGUUGCUGGUGCGAGCCACUGCUAAUCAGAUGCUGGCGCCGCUGCGUUACGCCUACUGCGGCCAGAUGAAGAAGCUUACGUGGAUGCUGCAGCAGAAGCGCGACGAGCGUCGAGCCGACGGUGUAUUCUCCAAGGUGUCGGUAUUAGUCGAGAACGUGUGCGUGACCUGCCGGUCGAAGGCGGGCAACCUCUUUAGCAGCAAGUGCUGCGUCUGUCUCGGCGAAUUGUGCAUGUCGUGCUCCAUCAAGAAGCGCCUGAGCUUCCUGUCGCCGGAUAGUACUCUAGUGCGCUGUAAGGUGUCAGUGUGUACUGCGUGUAUGCUGGAAGGACUGCACGUUAGCGCGUCCAGAGCCGCUCGGGAUCAACUGUCCGGAGCUUCAAUCUGCUGCGCAUUCGCCACGUGCUCCGUGUCGGAGACGAGCUCCGAUCUAUCGCCGUCCCCGACGAAUUGGAGUCGAAGUCGGUACGCCAAGGCGACAGUAUAG